AUGGUAAGAGAAGAUGGGCGCACACCGAGUCAGAUGCGCCCGACCCGCAUCGUUCGGAAUUACAUUAAACACCCAGAAGGAUCUGUCUUGAUUGCUGUCGGUGAUACAAAAGUUCUUUGUACGGCAUCGGUAGAGGAAUCACAACCACGUUUCAUGCGUGAGCAAAACCUCCGAAAUCGAGGCUGGGUCACCGCAGAGUAUUCAAUGCUGCCCCGCUCCACCUCCGACCGGAUGCGGCGUGAAGUCACCCCGUGGAUCGCUUGGCGGAAGAACACAAGAGAUUCAACGGCUUAUCGGUAG